AUGAAAGAUUCUUCUAUUAGAUAUAUUUUUCCAACAGGAGAGCUGAAUUAUUUGGUUAUGAUUAAAUUACGAAGGGAUCAUGAAGCAUAUAAUUCAAGACCAAUUGAAAGACAAAAUUGUGCAUAUAUGAUUGGUUAUGAAAACACAAAUACUAUUAAUCCAAAUAAGGCUGGUCAUAUAAUUUCACAUCUUACGAAUAAUGAUGAUCUGGCAGUACAAUUUAUUAAACAAUUUAUAUGUGUUGAAUUGGCAAAUAUUACUCAAGAUUUUCCAUUGCAACAAAGUGACUAUGUAAUUGCAUUGUAUGGGACAAAAAUUUGUAUUGCUAAAAUAAUAGCAAUGUAUUAUGAAGGUUAUGGUAACCAUUUUUAUAGCCAAAAUGCAGUAACUCAAAUUGAAGAUUUGUCUUAUAUUUCAUUACAAUGUUCUCAAAAUAUUAUAUAUCAUAUUAAUUUAAAUGGAGUAAUAAUUGGUUAUAGUUCACUAAUUUUAACAGGAGUAGCACGUAGUAUUUUUAAUUAUUUUAACUGUUAUACUAUUAAAAAUAGCAUUAUUAAUAUGAUACAAUAA